AUGUCAUUUGCAUCCAUGGAGACACAUAUUAUUCUUCUCUUACAACAAGAUAACGAUCCUAGAUCUCGUGUUUGGAGUGACCAUUGCAGCCUACAGUCUGCUAUCGAGUAUAUCCUUGGCGUUUAUAUGUCGAGAAAAGAUGUUACUCUCGAAACUCUAGACUUUGUUCAGUUCGCCGAGUUUUUUGACUCCAUUUACGAUUGUGUGCCGCUCGUUUACGAUUCGCAUUUCCGGGCAUAUGUUCCGUUUGAAAAAAAGUGGCUGCUUGCUCGAAUUGAUCAAUAUCUGAAGAUUCCAGUGAAGCCCCCGUAUGAGGAAGUAUCUGCAUAA